GUCAUGGCCGGCGGUGGCGGCGCUGAGGCGCGCACCAGCCUGGCCGCGUUCGUGCUGGGCGGCUCCGUGGCCGCCGUCCCGCUGCUCCUCUCGGCCCCUCCGCCGGCGCUGCUCUCCGGGCCGGGCCUGCAGGGCCGGGCGGCUCUGGCCCUCCACGUGGCCGGGAUCAACGCCGCCCUCUUGCUGGGCUGGGGGCGAGCGCCCGGCGGGAUGUACCAGAUUGCUAUCCGUGCCUGUUUCUUAGGCUUCGCCUUUGGGUGUGGCUUAUUGCUCAGCUUUGGACAAUCUUCAUGGAGGCAUUUUGGCUGGUACAUGUGCUCCCUGUCUGUCUUUCAUUAUUCUGAAUACUUGGUGACAGCCAUCAACAACCCCAGAAGUUUGUCUUUGGACUCUUUCUUGCUCAACCACAGUUUUGAAUAUAACGUGGCUGCUCUCUCCUCGUGGGUCGAGUUCACUGUGGAGAAAUUCAUUUUUCCAGAAAUGAAACAGAUCACUUGGCUGAGCUCAGCCGGGCUCGUCAUGGUGGUGUUUGGGGACUGCCUGAGGAAAGCUGCAAUGCUCACAGCCGGCUCCAAUUUCAACCAUAUCGUACAGAAUGAAAAAUCAGAGACUCACACUCUGGUGACCAGAGGAGUGUAUGGGUGGUUCCGUCACCCUUCUUACGUUGGAUGGUUUUACUGGAGUAUUGGGACCCAGAUCCUGCUCUGCAAUCCCAUCUGCAUGGUGGGCUACACCCUGGCAUCCUGGCGCUUCUUCCGAGAACGGAUAGAAGAGGAGGAGAUGACCCUGAUCCAUUUCUUCGGGGAGGAGUACCUGGCGUAUAAAAACCGGGUGCCGACGGGUCUGCCCUUCAUCAAGGGGGUCAAAGCGGAACUAUGA